AUGUUGCUUGAAGCACUAGCUAUCUUCGUCAUCACACUCUCAUUCAUUGUUUUUGUGUUCCAAAACAAACAUGAUGGGAGAACUGCACCAGGUCCCAAACCCUUGCCAAUUAUCGGUAACUUUCAUAUGCUAGGAAAACUCCCACAUCGAACCCUUCAAUCUCUUGCCACAAAAUAUGGUCCCAUAAUGUCCUUAAAGCUAGGGCAGGUCCCAGCCAUAGUGGUUUCUUCUCCACAAACUGUAGAAUUGUUCCUGAAAACCCAUGACAUUGUUUUUGCCAGCAGACCCAAAAUCCAAGCCACAGACUUUCUCUGUCAUGGCAGCAAGGGUUUGGCUUUUUCUGAAAAGAUUGCUAUUAAGGUUUAUUUACAGGAAAUAACAAAAGAAUUAAAGAAAACAGCAAAGUCAUUUGAUGAGCUAUUGGAACAUAUCCAAGAACAUGAAAGUAAUUCAUACUACGAAGAUAAAAAUCACAAGAUGGACUUUGUGGAUAUUUUGCUGUCACUCACGCACCAACCCAAUGAUCUUCAGAAUCACCAAGACGCCAUUGAUAGUACAAACAAAUGUGCAUCAUUUGACACCUCUUCCACAAUAGUAGAAUGGGCCAUGUCACAACUCUUGAGGCACCCUACUGUCAUGGAAAGACUUCAACAGGAGCUAGAACAUGUGGUCGGAAUAAACAGACAUGUGGAGAAAAAUGAUCGUGAGUGUAAAGAAGAUGUAACUAUUGAUGGCUAUUUGAUAAAGAAAAAAACCAGGGUUAUGGUAAAUGCUUGGGCUAUAGGGCGAGAUCCUAAAGUUUGGGACAGGGCUGAGAUUUUCGACCCUACAAGGUUUGAGAAUAACAACGUAGAUGUUCGUGAAAAGGACUUUCGGAUUUUACCAUUUGGGUCGGGUCGAAGAGGGUGCCCUGGGAUUCAUUUGGGUUUAACGACUAUUAGUCUUGUUUUGGCUGAAUUGGUGCAUUUUUUUGAUUGGAAGUUUUCAUUGGGCAUGUCCUGUGAUGAGUUAAACAUGGAAGAGAUAUUUGGACUCACUACACCAAGAAAGAAGCAUUUGCUCACUAGACCAUUUUAUCGACUUGCCAUUUUGGUUGAGAGGGUUGAUUUCAGUUCCAAUUUGAGACAUGACACAUUUAACAAUAUUGUAAAAUAA